AUGGGCGACUGUCUGGGAAUUUCCCCGAAUUUACUACAAGGAAGAUCUACAUUCGUCCUAAUUAGGCCUUUGGCUUUCGAAAAGCAAUGCGUGGGUGAACUGGUAUCCAUUAUUGAGCGUAAUUCAUUUUACACAAAAGGGUUAAAGCUGGUAAGAAAGUCUGAAUUUCCUGACAGCAAGGCAUGGCCUGCUUCGUCAAGUGGAGAUGAGAAAUGUGAAUUUGGUAUUGGUAUCGCCAUGCUUGUGCGUCAUAUUCUCCCACAGAUACAAAUAGUGAACGAUGGAGAUGGUUGCAUAUGCAAUGACGGCAAUAUUGGGAAGAUAAAAAUUUGCAGCAACUUGAUUUACCUAGGCGAGCCAGGGGAUAAGACAAUGAUUCGUGAGUUUUUUGAAUUUGGCGCUGUUUCCUGGGUGGAUCCCGCUAGUGGUGCUAACUGCGGUGGUUAUUUUGUGGCAACCUUGUCAAGCCUCCAGUUUGCAUGAUGUGCUCGUAUUCGUCUCAUCUUUAUGUGUAUAUAUUCCAUAGAAUUAGAGGACUUAUCUGUUAUGUUAUGUUAGGAGAAAACUAAAAAUCUCAGCAU